CACCCGGAUCGGUCACAUGAUAUUGCGCUUGGCGCAAUAGACAUCCACGCUGCAAUGGAGACGCCUGAAGACAAGCCAGCCUACUCAGUGCUGUACGAACAACGUACGUGGACAUGGGAUGAGUACAAGAGCAUUCACCUCGAAUUCCAUCCUAAUGGACGUGGCCGGGCCUGGUGGUACUGGGAGCACUCGUACACCCUCGUCGUUACGCUUGAUUGGAAAGUGACGGCUACCUCACAACUGGGUACAGAAGAGUCUUUAGUGCCAAACACGCAGGCACGCCUGCUCGGGAAGUUUGAUAUCACGAUCAAACUGAAUCGAGAACCAUGUGACGCAGGUCCACAGAGUGCACUCGACUGGCUCGACAGACACUUCAUGGCCCUCGCCUGGAAGCCGAAGCAAUUCCAGAUCAUAAUCGAGCAAGGCGUUUUCCGCUUGCCAUGUAAAGCCGGCAAGGAAAUCGAAGAUCUCCGGGAUAAAAGCGAGGCAGACCACCUCGCUCUAGACGAGUACAGGUCUCAUGGAUGGUCACGAUGGUUCAGACGAGAGGAAGAAGAAGCUUCUCGGCGACACCUCUAUGGUUAUCGUGUGAUAUUCGACAAAUCACCAUUUACCCCGCCAGAGGAGUGGGUGCGUCCAUAUCAUCCUUUGAUCACAGUCAAUUACCCAGAGUCAAAGGUCGAGUUUGUUGCGUAUGAAUUGCCAAAGUCAGAGCAAGAACGACCGGCAAUGAAUGAGGCAUGGCAGCGUGAAAUGGUGCGUUUGUGGGAAGCGCAGCCGCCGAGCAAACCCGUGUUCCAACAGGCGAUGCGGUGGAAAGAAGAGAGACGACAAAUAGAUAGCCCCGGGGAUAAAAAGAUGAGAGCGAUCAGGAAACGACUCAUGCAAAAGGCAGCUGAACAACAGGCGACGGUGAAUCAAGGUAGCGAAUCGACCGUCACGGAGGAAGCCAGAGCGGGAAUUAAGACCGACGCGGCCAGAGAGGAACGAACCCAGAAAGAGGAGUAGGUAUUUCAUAUAGUGGCACCGCUUCCUUGAUUAGCUCGCAAUUUCCAUCAACUCGGCAUUGAUCUUGUUUGCGUCAAGGACCCGCUCUACCUACAUUGAUUGCGUGUCUGUGCAAGGCACGGUUCCAGGAUCCCUAAGCACCUGCGAAGGAUUACCUGACUUUCUAGCUAUGUAACAUAUAGCAGGUUUCGUAUACUAGACGAC